GUCCCCCGGCUCUCGGCGUUCCCCGGCCUCAGCGGCUCAUUUGGCCCGCCCGGUGCAGGUGGGCUGCCCGGGGGAAGCUUUAACCCACUGACUCAGGCAGACCUAACAUGGUCCUCUCUGCCCUGGUCUUGUGUGAGCCCCAGGCCCGGUCAGGUGGAUGUUCUCCUAGAAAGUGUCAGUCUGAGAAGACAAAGGUGUCCCUCCAGGCGAAUUCUUGCUCGCCCCAGCUUGCCACCCAGGGAGCCCAUGAAGUAGAACCGUAGGGAGCACCACGAGGCUGAGGCAUGGCCCCAAGAGUGUGUCAGGCCUGUGGUAAUUUAGCCCCUGGGAAUCUUUCCAGCAGACAGCGAUAUUUCUAGGACUUGGCAUUUCGAGUGGCAACAGGGUUGUUUAUAGGAAGAGAAGGGAAAGGACAGAAGGACGAUGUUGACCUGGAUGAUGUUGACCUGGCAGCCCUACAAACCUACCACACUUAAUCCACUUAUCACUCUGAAUUCCUGAAGCAGAUAAAUGCCGAUAACAGUUAAAACACAUCGCUGACAGGAGCAGCAUGUUCUGUCUUCUAGAAAUACAUCAAUGCUGGAAAUUGCAAAGCUGUGUGCUACCAUGGGGAUGAGUGUGAUAUAAGAGCCGAAGAAGCCCUCAUUGUUCAUCAGAGUUCUUCCACAGGAGGGUAGUGAGCCUUUGCUUCCUUCUCCCGCCCUGCUCCAAAUACCUUGAGAUGCUGUUCAGGCUGAGAAAUGCUGCGGAGAGCUGUUGUGACCCCAGAGCCCCCCAGAGCCACAGCUGCCUGAUCUGUGCCUCUAUAUCUGAAAUAUCAAGUGGGCCCCAAGUGUCUUGUUACCACUCUUGAUUGUCCUUGCUGCUCAGCGUUAAGACCUGUUAGGAGUGAUUUCCAGAUGAGACCAGCCCCGUCCAGCUCGCAUCAGCAUGUCUUGGGGAGAGGAGCUGGUUUUGGCUAAUCUGAGCUAAACCUUCCCUGGAGGGGUGCAGCUGCUGCACCAGCCUUGCAGAGCCACACAAAGCCACUUGCUCCUCUCCCCAUCUGUCAGGGCUCUUAGCAAGGUAUUAGAGCCACCCCUGGGGUCAGGGGGCCACAGCGGCCACAGCUGCACACUUCCCCCUGUUACAAGACCCCUUCCUCCUGAGGACCUGUCCCAGGCUGAACAGGAAAAAAAAUGCUGUAAACCAAAGGUUGUUUGGAGCAAACCUCACUCCUGCAAACUCCAGAGGGACAAAACAAGUGAUAGUGCUUUUGAUGACGUGCAGUUUACAGGCUCAUCUGCUGCCUUAGGUCUUUUCCCCCAUGGCCAUCCCCCACCAGUCUCCACAGCACAGCACCCCGUGGGAGCAGGCACCCUUGAAGUUGCAGCAAUGUGUUUUCUUGAGGACAGUGCAAAUGUCUCACAAGAAGUGCGAAAGGAGGAAGCUUGCCUAGAGAGAAGUGAAGAUCUCUCAGACAUUGGGGGUUUUAUGAGUCAGAUGCUGCUCAGCUGUUGCAUUGCAGAUGUCUUAGCUAAAAACAAGCUUUUGUUGAAAUCAAAGACUCUUCGUGAGUAUAGGCGGCAGGAGCCUCCCACAAAAAGAGUUUUCUUCUUCAAAGGGCUCUCCUUAGAUUUGCCUACAAUAGAUUACUUAAAGCUUGCCUGCAUUGCGAAGCUGAUUCAGAGCCAGCACGGUGUGGAUCUGAAGCAUCCCAGCUGUUAGGGAUGAAUUUGCUGUCUGGUUGUUCUCACUUGGUGAAUAUGAGUGCCUUCCUCCGAAGGGACCUGGUGGAGGAGUUGGCUGUGGAGGGAUGUUUUGUGUAGUCAGGAGUACAGUGGAGCCGUUUCUGUGUAGUGACUGCUGAUGUGGGUACUGGUUUUCUGCACCGAAGACAAAGCAGGUGGUCCCACACUUCAGUGUUCACGUCAGCGUGGAGGGUGACAAAGUUUGCUUUAAAUGUGGGUGAUAUUUUACAGUAAUCAGGAGACAAAGCUCUGUAUGCCAAAGUGCUUAUGGUCUAAUGUUUGGACACCCCCUGGCAGGUGUAACACCAUUCAUGGUAGUACAGAAAUAUUAACUCCAAUGUGGGGAGGAGUCUGACUGAAAAGCAGAAGAGCUUGCAUCUGCCAGGAACUGCUUGCCAAAAGCAGUGUGUGUACAUCCUGCCCGUCCCUUCACGAACGAGAGGGGAUCAACCAGCUGCCCAGGCAUGGAAAUACCUGACAAGUCCCCAUAUCUUUUGCCUUUUGGAUCUUCGUGUCUGAUUGCUUUCUUACAGCCUCUGACACCCAUCAUGGCCUCUAAUCUAAAAGUCAUCUUCCUCUUUCUUUGGUUGCUUCAGUGUGGAGGGGAAGGUGUUGACGUACAGCAGAAACCUCCAAUCCAGGUUGCACUGCUCAAGGAAGAAAUAUCCAUCCCCUGUAAAGUCAUCUUCCCUUACAUGCCGAAAUACACCAAAUUUUCAAUCUGCUAUUACUGGAUUAAUUCACUGGGCCAGAAGACAUCCAUCUAUAAUAGGUCAGAAAACAUACACAUUCCUUCUGGAAAAGAGAAUUGGACUGCUACCCUGUCUUAUGACCACAGGAUUGUGCUGCUUGAAAAGACCUCUUCUACUGGCACAUACUACUGCGAGGUCAAAUGGAAUGACAUGCAGAAAGUGGGAAAGGGAGUGUUUGUCCUUGCUAGAGGUACAGGGUACAUAGAUACCUCUUACAGGUGGGAAAUCCUUGUUACCUUUACUGUUCUUCUUGCUGCACUGAGCAUCACCGCAACAGCUCUGCUUCUCUGGAAAAGAAAGGUGUUGUGCCCUAGAAGGAACCAGCUAAAUAUCCUGAGACAGAAGGUGGAAACUCAGCUCCCUUCAGCCAGCCCACCACCACCGCCUCCUGUCUAUGAUAGCCUGAAUGUGCAGCAAAUUGAUGUCUAUUCUGUCCUUGAGAACAAUACAGACAACUCUUCACUCAAAAAUAAUCCUCCAAGGAAGACACCUAAGAAGCAAGCAACUCUAGAAGAAUCCUCUGAUACAUUGUAUGAGAAUAUCUAACAGGGAAAGAUAUCUGACCCUGUGUGGACCAGACAUCUUUCUGUAUGGCAGAGCUACUCUUACAUCCCAGAUGAGAUGCAGAUACAUGCAGAGAUCUACAGUGACUUCAGAGCGCAAGCACCAGGGACUUGUGAACCCCUGGCUCCUUCUAAACUGCCCUUCAUUAACAACAGAAUGCAUCUUUUCAAAUCCCUCAGGGCUCAGUCUGCACUGAUGCAGCAAAGCUAUUUUGCAGCAAAGCUGUUUGAUGCAAAAGAAAAGCUGCUUUUUUCAAGCACUUAUCUUGGGAAUGGGCAAUCUGUGAAGGUUUCUCUCACCUGCCCCGGCUGAAAUACUUAACUCUCAAUCCUCUGCGAAUGAUAGGACAAUCCAGAGACCUCCCUGCUUGCUGGUUUGAAGUUCAGAUCCUGACCUGAAGCAGUCCAUCUGAUCCUGUGCUUGAGGCUUUUCCUGAGGUGGCUGUCAGGCCUUCAUGCAUAGUUUAACCAGACCCAAGCAUCUACCUGCCCAUUUUUCCUUUCUCAGGAACCCCACAGUGAAACAUGCUUUCUCAUAAUCUGCUAAUCCCAUCAAGUAGUCACAGUUGCCUGCUGUGACCAUACCCAGGCGACUCAAAUCAAUGCCUCUGAGUGAAUGCUUCCCCUUCAGCAAUAUAAGCAGUAUAUGGUGAGGACUGGGUGCACUCACAGAGAUAAAGGUGGAGAAAAGGAAAACGGAGAAAAUAUCCUUGCCUGACAACAUGUUUCAUUGACAGUGCCCAUUCCAGAACAAGAAAGAGGAACAAGGAGGUGGGAACCUGAGGACGCUCCCUUGCUGGGGCGACAUAAGCAGGGCAGAUCUGGGGCCAGGUUCCAGAGAAGUUCAAGCUGAGCUCCCGGGGUUCCUGUUCCUCUUGGCAAUGGGCAUUGUUAUCACUUGGGAUUUUGAGCAUGGUACCUCUGGCCCACCAGAACCAAUAGGUUGCCUUUGUUUCAGCUGGCUGGUGUACGAGGGUAUAAGGCUCCUUCACCCUGUCCCCAUACGUUAUUUGGCCAGGGACACCAGUUCUAAAAUGACUGGAGGGAGGAGAAGUGAGGCCCUAGAAGUGAGUUUUCUAUCCAAAUUCUUCUCUCCCCUGUCAGCUGGAACUUGCCUACCAUUUGUGCUGAUGCAUAUUCUAGUUCUGAUAGGGAAGAGGUUACAUUAAAUAUCCAUAUAACACGAUCAAACCAGCGGAUCAAAAAGCCAAGGCUGUUUUAUCUCAGAUUAAGAAACAACAACAAAAUAACAACCAAACAAACCAACCCAAAAUAAGAAUAUGCAGCAUAACUUGAGAGGAAUCGUAGAAACCUCUUUAAAGAAGAAGAUCAAAUUAAAAUUGAGCUCCAGGGUCAUAGGACCCUCUCUAGUUGAAGAUAAUGUUGCUAUAUAUCAGAGAUAGAGGCUGUGGAAAAUGUCUCCAGGGCCUCCAACCUUCCUAUACUAUGUUUAAAGAGAUAAUCCGCUUAUUGCUUUGCUCUUUUUAUUAGAAGAGAUUUCAAACAUGGAAUUUGGACUUUCUUUAACCACAGAAAAAUGCUUGUUCUUUUCCCAGUGCUGAGGAAUUCAUUUCAGAAAGAGCAAUGAAUAGACAGCAUGGCUUAUUAGACCUGUUUAUCAUUUGUUAAGAGAUCGCAACAAUUAUAAAUAAGUAUUUUUUAAAUAAAAGUUUUAGAUUUUACUAAUCUAAACAGGAAACAUUUGUGUUCACAGAAGAGUUUACAGGUAUAACAAUUCCUUUCCUUAACAAAUUUAAAGAAAUGAUGAGAUGAAUUAUAAAUAUGUUGCAGUAUGGCAAUAAAAUAUUCAGCAGAAGCUGGUGGAUUAGAUGAAAAGUAAAAACUUUCCAAA